UCUUCUUUACUUAAUUUACGUUUUAAUCAUUCAGAUGAAUGAUAAGACUUAGCAUUACAUCAUAAAAAGUAAUUUCCGACACAAUGACAAUUGUACUAGAUGUAAGUUUCGACGAUAAUCAACAGCAACGAAGCAACGAUAGCAGUAACAGUAACAAUAACAAUAAUAGUCAAAACUGUGCAAUUAAAGAUGUUAGUAAUAAGAAAACGAAGGACAAGCAUCGCGACAAUAGAUGCUCAUCCAAAGCAGCAUUAAAACUGGCGAAAGUGAAAACAAAGAAUGAAAAGAAAUCAAAUUGCAAAAAAUUAUCAUCAUCAUCAUCUGCGUCACUUUCAACCGCAACAACAACAUCAUCAGCAUCGCCAAUUUCAAUUAAAGACAGUCUAAUCGAUAAUAAAGAGAAAUUAAAUGAUCUUAAUGAUCAAAUUUUAAAUAGUCAACAAUUGAGUCAACCAAAUUUUCACCGGCAUCAUCAUCAUCAUAAUCCGUUGGUGCAGAGGAACAAUAGUACGUGUACGGAGAGACAUAAUAGUGUUGGAAGUCAUGAUUUUAGAAAUAAUUUUAAUCCAUCAUACCAUAAAACAGAAUCGAUAAUGUCUUCCGAUUCGGACAUACGAUUCACGAGGAAAAAGCUUGGCGAUAAUCAGCGAUGUGGUUGCAUUGUUAUUGCCGGUUUUCUUGUUAUGCUGCUCGUUGCCGGUCUAAUAUUAUAUGCUGGCUAUCUUUUUCUACAUUCAAAACCUCAACCAAAUCGAAUAUUUCGCGGACGUAUACGCGUAAUAGAGGGAGAUCAUUUUGUUAUGAAUUUAACAGAUCAAAAUUCAAUUGAGUUUCUCGAGAAAUCGCGUGAAUAUCGUGAACGAAUUAAUCUGCUUAUAUCACGAUCUGAUUUUCGCAAAUAUUAUGAUGGAUGUGAAAUUUUAGCGCUAGACGGACACGUCUUUGAUGAGCGAAAAAAUUCAACAAAUAAAGAUUUAAUUGUUCAUUUUUUAUUAAAUUUUGAUCCAAAAUCAGAUGAAAUUUUUGCUGGCGUCGAUGAAUUGCGUAAAAUAUUUCUCAAAGAAUUCCAACCAUCAACAACAAACGGUGCACGAUUUUUCCGUAAUUUGAAGAUAGACCUCAACGCAUUUCAACUCAAAGAGGUGAAUUUUGAGAAAUUUGAUGAUAUCUUUGUGACAUCAUCAGCUCAUGUUGACAGCUAUGGGAAUUCUCAUGACAUUAAUUUAGCAUCAGAAGAAAUGAAAAUUUAUCCUCAUCGUACAUGCGAGCCUGUCAAAUUGAAAUUUUGUCGUCAAAUUGGAUAUAAUAUGACAACAUAUCCAAAUCUUCUCGGUCAUCAGUCGCGAGAGGAAAUUGAAAGAGAUUUAAUUACAUUUCGAGAAGUUGUUGAUAGUGAGUGCUUUCUACAGGCCUACGACUUCCUGUGCCACUUACUUCAACCACCAUGUGAGCUUAGUCUUGAACCAAAAUCAAAUCAAAUUUAUAUCAAGCCACGACUUUUAUGUCGUUCCUACUGUCAAGCUUUUAGUGAUGGCUGUUUUAACAGAAUUCCACAAAAAUUUCGACCAUACUUUGACUGCGAGCGAUAUCCAGAACAGUCAUCAAUGCAAUCAUGUCGACAUCAACCAGCAUGCAUGACACAAUUAAAAGCUUCGGGCAAUGGUUUGCGAAUAUGCGAUGGAGUUGCUGACUGUCCGAAUCUUGAAGAUGAAUUGUCAUGCUCGUACUGUCCAACUAACGCUCUAUAUUGCGGUCGCGGUCGUUCAUGCAUUUCAAGGGAAAUGAGAUGUGAUGGAAAGUUUGAUUGUGCUGAUGGAAGCGAUGAGAAAGAUUGCUUAUCAAUUUCACCGCUUGUUGCUCAUUUAACAAAACCAAAGCCAUUAAUUCCGCAUCGCCCUCAAUUUUAUCAUGAAGGUUUUGCUGUCUUUUCCGAGAAAGGUCAAACAGGAAAGCUCUGUGCCGAGGGCAUGGAAUCGAAUGAAUUUGUGAGAUCGACUGUUGCUGAAUCAUUGUGCAAAGCAUUAGGCUAUGAACGCGUGACACACUCAGAAGUUCGUAAUGAUACGGAAGGUGGCCACAAUAAUUAUGUUCGUGUGUUAGAUCCACGAGCAGCAGAGAUUUCAUUCGUAAGAACAACAUGCCCAAAACAUGAAGCUUUCUAUCUUGGAUGUAGUCAAUUAGAAUGCGGAAGACAAUCUGCAUUUAUGGGCGAUAAAGUUGGUGUUGCAUUGCCAAAAAUGUCAUUGCCUGGAGAUUGGCCUUUCCAUGUUGCAUUAUUCAAAAAAGAGACCCAUGUUUGUGAUGGCACAUUAGUUUCAUCUCAUUGGGUUUUAACGACGGCAUCAUGCUUUCAAGGACAAUCUAAAGCGACGUGGAUGGCUGUUUUUGGUAAUGUUAGAAUUGGUAUGACUACACCAUGGACGCAAAAAAGACGAAUCGUUGGAUUAGUAAAAUCUCCAGUUGAAGGUUCAACAGCCGCCCUCGUACGACUACAAACGCCUGUCAUUUACUCAGAUUUCGUGCGUCCAAUUUGCCUACCUGAUGAUGAUUUUGCAAAGAAUUCAAUCAUUACUGAUUAUCCAAUAAAUUCAGCAUUGUCAUCUGGCAAUCUUAUCGAUCAGCCACAUGCUGAGAAAUUCUAUGAAAAUAAAUUGCGAAGGACAUUAAACUUUGUCGAAGACCGUCAAUUCUUCCAAAUUUCCGAUAAACAAGACGAAGAGAAUGAAGAUGAAGAUAAUCAGUCACUUUACUCAGAAAUCAGCGCAUCAGAGCUUGUCGACGAACAGAUGAAUUCCGUUCGACCAGAACCACAACUUCAACCAAGAUCUGCAUCUUAUUAUCCGAAUCAUAAUCCACAACAGCAGCAUGUGAAUAGUGUACAGGAAGAAGAACAACAUCAAUGGAAGCAAUGUAACACACUCGGUUGGUCGCGGCAACGUGAGCACUUGCAACGGGUUCAAUUGAAGAUGAUUGACAUGAAAGCAUGCGAGAAUAUCUCAAUUACAACUGUUAAUAGUGCUUGUGCUGAGGCAGCUUUUCAUAAGCAGGAUUGUAAUGAAGAAGAAUUUGCUGGAAGUCCGAUGAUGUGUCUGCUGUCAGACGAGAAGCGGUGGGCAUUAGUUGGCGUUUCAUCAUGGAGAAUAGCGUGUACACAUAGCGGAACCGAAAGACCGAGAAUGUAUGACAAAAUAGAAUCAAAUGUUUCAUGGAUUCGUGAAAUUAUAAAUUCUAUCCUCCCAUGAGAUUCACAAAAAAAUAUAUAAAAAUAAAGUUCAAGUUUUUUCUCAAUAAAAAAAAAUGUGAUAAAAAGUUUCUUGAGUGCUGUUGUGCGUGAGAAGAAAGAAAGAAAAUAAUUUGUUGUUGCUGUUGAAAAAUUUCCCAAAAUUGUUUAUUUUUGUAAUUUAUUUAUUAUACUUUUUUAUUAUAAUUAAUUCUACUUACUGUACUGUAAUCUUUUGUAUCAUAAAAAAUUGUUAUAUAAAAAUUUUUGCCAUUUAAAUAAAGGAAAAAGUUAUAUUGAAG